GCAGUGAGACUUCCGUGGCCCGCAUUUAGGUUUGUGCAUUCGAACGCGUUACAUCGUUACAUCGGUUACGUCCGAAAGUGCGCGUCGUGCUUCGACAAGAACAGAGGAAGGUUUUCGGUGCCGGUGAGCAUGCUCCGCGUGCUUAAAAAAAAUAUUUCAUAAAAAAAUAAUAUUUCAAAAAUAUUCCACUCUUUUGUGCGAGUGUGUGUACCGGGUCAGAGGCCACCCACCACCACCCCCAACAGUCGCUCCUCCCCUCGGCGACCAUCGUGCGUGAGCGGUUCCAAAAGUGCAUUCGUGAGACUUGUGUGUGUUAAGAGGUUCAUCUGAAAGAUAUAUUCCAAAACGAAACGAGUUCUUCGGUAUAAUGUUAGAAGAAAGAUGAUCACAAACAGCUGAUUCACAAACAGCAUUUGAAUAACCAAAAAAUCGAAAGCCGAAAAGUCAAGAAGUCAAGAAGUAGAUCAGAAACCCCAGUGUUCUAGUGCUUCCCUCGUUCAAUUAAUUAGCAUCCUAAUCGCUCAUUUAGCUGCCAGCCCAAGUAAACAGAACUGGGACAAAACCAACAGAAGCUUCCAAGCGCCGUCGAGUCGCAAAUUUAAAAAUAUCCGAGCAGGAGCAGGAACAGGAGGUCGUUGAAUCAGAACCGGAAUCAGAAUCAGAAAGCAAGCCCCAUUCAGCCAUCAACAUGUUCGGGCAACUCAAUUUACUGGCCGCUCUGUUUUUCAUCGGUACACUGAAAGAUAUCAGCGUGGCUGGCCUGAGACUGGCCGAGGUUCGCAUUCCGAAGUACGUGAUUAAGGGCUCCGCGGCGCAGCUGGAGUGCCUCUACGAUCUGGACGGCGAGGCCCUGUACUCCGUCAAAUGGUACAAGGAUGGCAACGAGUUCUACCGCUACGUGCCCCGGGACAUGCCGCCCGCCCAGACCUUUCUGCUGUCAGGUGUUGUUGUUGAUUUGCACAACUCGAGUGACGCGAUUGUUGCGCUCCGCAACGUCAAUCUCCAGUCGGCGGGACGCUACCGGUGCGAGGUUUCUGGCGAGGCGCCCUCCUUCCAAACGGUCACCGAACAUGGCGACAUGGUUGUUGUGUCUCUACCCGAUCAAGGACCGCCCAAGAUCAGCGGAGGAAGGCCGCGUUACCAGAUUGGAGACUAUGUUCGCAUCAAUUGCACUGCCGGACGGUCCAAGCCCGCUGUGGAGCUUUCCUGGUUCGUGAACGGAGAGAUCGCCGAGCCCCAGAAGCUAAGGAAAUACGACACCAUUGUCUCGGGACGCGAGGGCCUGGAGACUUCCGUGCUGGGCCUCCAGUUCCGGGUGGAGCAGAAGCACUUUCGAAAUGGCGACAUGAAACUGAAGUGCGUGGCCUCGUUGUCGACCUUGUACUGGAGAAGCAACGAGGAGUCCGUGGAGGGCGACCGGCCGCAGAAGGCGCCCGUGCUCGAAUCGAGGGAGACCGUGUUCGCCAGCAACUCACGCGCCGACCCCGUCCAAGGUACGUCUUAUCGGGAACUGUUUGUGACCAAAAUCUUAUCGCUUUUCGUCCAUCCCAAUGCAGCCAGUUCCGCCUCUCCGUCCCCCUCCGGCCCGACGACCCUCGCCCUACUGAUGGUGGCACUGGCGGUGGCGGUGGCCAGCGUGGCGGGCCCCGCCGGGGGACGACGACAGGACGACGACGCCAUGGACGGGAUGAUGGGAGGGGCAGUGGCUCGGAUAGCGGAGGGAGGUGAUGUCCUGCCGCAGGCGAGUGAGUUGCUGGCUAGCCGGAAGGAGGAAAAUCAAAGGGCAAGCUGUGGAAAAUCCGCGACGCAGUCGGGAAAAAUCGCUGUGGCUACGCGGUAGCUGCAUUAAGCCGCAGGUGGCGCUUUCCCUCCACAACAGACACACUUUUCACCGAUUUUCCGUCUUCGCUUCGCAUAGAGAAACCAGGAUACAGAAGGAUACCAAACAAAACAAGAAAGCCAACUAAAUUCAGAUCAUUUAUGCCCUUAACAAAAGCUUUUAUGAAUUUAAUUUGUAAAGAAAUGGAAUCUUAUUAAUAUUACUUAAUGUUUAAACUUUAGUGGAAGAAAACGAAGAAUGUUGAGAGGUGGACGUCGUCCACUGUGGAAAGAAAUAUAAAAAAACUGUAAAUAGUUAAUUCUUAAUACAUAUAUUUAUGUAACUGUAUUGUAUGUUAUUAAUUUUUAAGCCACUCUCACACCAUACACAUACAGCAAUUAAAUAUCACACGAAGGUUGAGCAAAGUUUUGGAAGAACUCCAACAGAAGUUGGGAUAAAAAUUACGAGUUUACAGAAAGAAUAUAAAUAACCAUAAAGAAAUACUUAGCUUCUAGAAUGUAACAUCUGUUCAGUGCGCAUAAGGAUUUAAUGUUUCGCCAACAAUAGCUCUGAAAGGAUACCUUUAUUUACAUUUGCGUCACUUUCCAUUAAGGACUUAAGAGCAUUUGCUAGAAUCGACUAAUAUGCUUUGAAAUCGAAUCAUUUGAAUAGCGUUUUCGUUCUUCUCUAGCACUGAUUGAAUAAUCCAAACAUGUAAUUAAUUAAAUCCGAUAAACGCUAUCUGUAGUUAAGAUACACACGAAAUGCAAACCAAAAACGCACUUAGUUCUAAACAAAAUAUGAAUGAGAGAAAAUGAAAUCAAAGUUAGAAAUUUAAACUUGGUGACUGUUGGAAAAGUCUUAAAACUAACAAAAACAUAUCGUACAUUUAUAUGAAUUGCCAAAGUCUUAAUGGGUAUUAACUAAAAGCGAAUGUCCUGCGUAGGUGUGCGUGUCCUUUAAUACGUUUAAUUAUCCCGUAUCCCGUGUACCCCGUUCCCUUUGUAAACUAUUAACAUUCCGGGUUCAAUUGUAAACUGUUUAGUUAGCCAAAUGUUAGGAACAAUAGCAAAGGUCAGGCGAAAAGAGCCAAUCGAAAGUAAUGGAAAAAUGAAACAAAUUUAAACAAUAGCAAAAUGAUUGUGAUGAAGCCUUAAUACCACUGUUGAACUCAAUUCAAAUUCAAUUGAAUUCGAAUUAAAUGAAAUUGAACAGAAUCAAAUCAACUGAAACUGAAAUCGUAUUGUGUAAAUAGGAAAGUCUUUGUCCAUGAACUCCACACUGUUUUCCCCUCGAUGUCCAUAAACUCUGUGUGUAAAUACGAUUACGAGCUAACUAAAUUAGAGUUAAGAUGCCAGCAUGAUGGCAGCCGAAAACAUAGAACAAAACACAAAAAAAAACUCCAUAAAAAUAUAAAAAGAGCGCCAAUUUUAAAAGUAAGAAAUAUAUAUUAAUUAAAAUUUGAAUAUCGAUGAGCGUAAUUCAAAUGCUAAUUGUGUGCAAUGGCGAGUGCAUGGCCGCGUGAGGUGCGAGUGUGAGUGCGAAUUUAAGCCUAGAAUUAUAUAAUUAUACAUAAAAACCGACACACACACAUACAUAUAUAAAUCUGCAUUGUUGUCAACUGUAACUGUUUUUAAAAUCUUAUUUAAUAUCGAUGCCAUUAACUUUAAUUGACAAAAAAUAAUGGAAUAAACAAAAAAACAAAAAUAAUGCAAGAGCAGAAGUACUAAAAACUAUUAAUUGCAUAAACGUUAAUUCGAAAAAAAAACAAAACAUAAAUGUGUGGUAAUUGUAAGUGUAAAUUAUUUGUGUAUUUAAAUAACAACUUUUAGCUGUAUAAAAACGAUGAAAGGAAAUAAAACCAAGAAUGCAUUCGAAUCUAUACGAUUAAAUCUAUGUGAACGUAAACAAUUCAAACCUAACAAGCUGCAAAAUAUGCAAAUAAGAAUUAUUUACAACUCAACUCAAAUCAAAUGCCAUAAAGUAACUUCAACUGAAUUUAACUGCCAUCGGUUGGUCGGCCGAGGAGGACAAGUCUCUGUAAAUAUCUUUAAGCCUCGUUCGUGGGGUCUGGCGAUCCUUAUUCGCCGUCCCCACAGAUCGAACCGAUUGAAUAAUUGUGAAUUAACGAGUGGAAGUUCAUUAAUAAACAUAUUUGUUUCAAAAUCGAAA